AUGUCACAGUCAGAACUCGAUUCGUCCUGGGUAUCCUCAAUUGGCAAUUCAUUUAAGAACUCUUUGGGUAUACAGAUAGAGGAAGAAACUCCGGCUGAUUUUUUACCUAUUCUGGAAGCUUUCACAUCUUCUCAAUGCCAUAUAAGUAAUAUCCCCCUUCCACCUCCUCUUCCUAGUGCAAACUGUAGAAGUAGAACCAAUUUUCGCAAGCAGCUUGACAAUUGUAGUUAUGUUCCAAAAGAAACAAGAGAUACAUGGGACAAGCUUUUUAAGGAGGGAUACAGGGCAGAUGUCCAUAUUCUCACAGAGUACAAUGCCAUCUUUCCAGCCCAUUCUAGUGUUCUGGGUGUGGCAUCCCCUGUUUUGAGGAACUUUGUGCUGCAAGCAAAAGUUAAGGAUGGUAUUCAUUAUAUCAAGGUUACAGGUGUACCUUCCGAAGCUGUUCAUUUAUUUAUUCGUUUCCUAUACUCCUCCUGCUAUGAGAAGGAUGAGUUGAAGAAGUUUGUCCUUCACUUGCUAGUUUUGUCUCACUCGUUCUCGAUUCCAUCACUUAAAAGAGUUUGCAUAGACCACCUGGAGCAGGACUGGCUUACCACUGAUAAUACAGUUGAUGUGCUUCAAUUAGCCAGGAAGUGUGAUUCACCACGUCUCUCUCUCAUAUGCGUCCAUCGGAUAGUGAAGGACUUUAAGACCAUUUCUGGAACGGAAGGAUGGAAGGUGAUGAAGCAAGCUAACCCUGCCCUUGAGCAAGAGCUUCUGGAAUCAGUCGUUGAGGCAGAUUCUAGAAAGGAAGAGAAGGUGAAAAAGAUGGAAGAGAAGAAGAUCUGCCUGCAGCUGUAUGAAACGAUGGAGGCUCUGCUGCACGUAUGCAAAGAUGGGUGUAGGACAAUUGGGCCUUGUGACAAGGUGCUGAAAGCAAGCCAGGUGUCCUGCGGCUUUCCAGCAUGCAAAGGGGUUGAGACAUUGGUCCGCCACUUCUCUAGUUGCAAGACACGCAUCCCUGGCGGAUGCAUUCAGUGUAAGCGCAUGUGGCAGAUGCUUGAGCUGCAUUCCCGCAUGUGCAUCGAUCCUGAUUAUUGCAAGGUUCCUUUGUGUGGGCAUUUCAAGGAAAAAAUGCAGCACCAUAGCAAGAAAGACGACAUGAAGUGGAGGUUGUUGGUUACCAAGGUGAUCGCAGUAAAGAACACAAAAGGGCCGUUCUCAGCCUGGAGACCCGCCAUGUUGUGA